UUUUUUAAUUAUUUUAUUUAUUUCCCUAUUAAUUUAUUUAUUUAAUUAAUUAUUUUAAAUUCGGACAGUAGGAACCCAAUUAGCUGAACAACAAAAACAAAGGUUUUCUUAUUAUUAUCUUGGCAUUUUCCAUUCAAAACACAAAUUAGAAAAUUACACAGAGCCUAAGAAAAAAAAAGCAAUCUUUCUUUUUCAAAAUCUCAUUCUCUUCUGUACUGAAAUAAAAAUAAAAAAAUAAAAAAAUAAUUAUCAAAUAAAAUAAUAAUAAUCAAGCUAUUAUCUUUUCUUUAAGCUCUAUUUUUCAGCUAAUCUUCUCUGAAAAACAAGUUUUUGCAGGAAAUAGCUCACAGUGAAGCUCUCCUUGCUGUUAUAGUUAUUUGAUCUUCAAAUAUUUUUUUUUGAAAAAAAAAAUAUUUGUCUAAUCUUCCUAAUUAUUAUUAUUAUUAAUUUUAAUUUUUUUUUUUUUUUUUUGAAAGUCUGAAAAUUUCUGGGCAUAAAAUUUUAUUUUAUUUUAUAUUCAUUUAAAUCAUCUAGAUUUCUUUUGAGAUUUUGAGAUUAGGAAGGAAAUGAAUGAGUUUUUGAUAGAGAGCUGAAAAAGAAAAAGACUAUAUUUUUUGGGGGGGUUUAAGUAUGGAGGGAAGAGAAGCUGUGAGUAGUGGGGUUACAGUGGUGGGAUCAGAUGCUCCCUCGAACUACCAUGUGGCUCCGAGGACUGAAAACCCAGCUCAAACCGGUGGAUCAAUACCUCAACAAGCCGUGGCUCCGGCACCACCACCGGCGGCGCCAACAACAACCUUGGCCGUUACUGCUCCUGCAGCUAUGCCGGUGAAGAAGAAGAGAGGUAGGCCUAGAAAGUACGGACCAGAUGGAUGUGUCACUAUGGCUUUGUCUCCAAAGCCAAUAUCUUCUUCGGCGCCACCUCCUAUAAUCGAUUUCUCUUCGGAAAAGCGUGGAAAAGUACGGCCAGCUAGCUCGGUCAGCAAGACUAAAUAUGAGAUGGAGAAUUUAGGUGAAUGGGUUGCAUGCUCUGUUGGUGCAAAUUUUACACCCCAUAUCAUAACUGUCAAUGCUGGCGAGGAUGUGACAAUGAAGAUUAUAUCGUUUUCUCAACAAGGGCCUCGAGCUAUAUGCAUACUCUCUGCAAAUGGUGUGAUAUCGAGUGUCACACUUCGUCAGCCUGAUUCUUCUGGGGGUACAUUGACAUAUGAGGGUCGUUUUGAAAUACUUUCUUUAUCCGGUUCAUUCAUGCCAAGUGAUUCAGGGGGAACGAGAAGCAGAUCUGGUGGGAUGAGCGUUUCUUUGGCGAGUCCAGAUGGACGAGUUGUAGGUGGUGGGGUUGCUGGACUGUUAGUAGCUGCAAGUCCUGUGCAGGUUGUAGUAGGGAGUUUUUUGGCGGGCAAUCAGCACGAGCAAAAGCCGAAGAAACAUAAGCACGAGUACAUUUCAAAUGCGAUGCCAACUGCAGCCAUUCCUAUUUCAAGCGCUGAUCCAAAAACGAACCUCACUUCUUCGGCUUCCUUCCGUGGAGAUAGCUGGUCAGCAUUGGCUGUUGAUUCAAAGACUAAGGCAACUGACAUUAAUGUAUCUUUGCCAGGAGGAUGAUUCUUAAACUAAAAAUUAAAAAAAAAAAAAAAAAGAAAAAAAAAACAGUUUCAUCUUUCAUGUAGUUGCAGCAAGAAGUUUGUGCACACUGACCACAUUGGCAAAUCAAACUUCAAACUCUCGGAACUCUCACUUCCCUCGUUUCUGUCUGUAAAACUUACUGACACUUUUAGUUAUCAGCAGCAUGUUGUUUUUUUUCCAUCUGGGGUUGGCCCCUUUUACCUUGAGGCAGUAUUUAUUUUUCAAUUAGCUGUUUUAGGUUAGGUUCUCUCGGCUCUGUUGUUGUGUCAUGUAAAAGUAGAGUAGUUUGAUCUUGUAAUAUUUGACAUCUGAAUCUGCCUUUCUUUGAACUCGUGCAUUGUGAUGAUUUGGAAGUUAAAAAAAAAAAGUUGUUUGGGAUGAA